AUGCCAGUGACCAGCCUAGCAAAGACGGGCACCUACCUUGCGAUCUUCAUCACAGCUUUGACCAGCAUCCUUUGGGUCACACUACUGAUGCAACCCAAAGGCUGGGCCCUGCGGAUCUCGCCCUACUACACGAUUGACACGGGUGUUUGGCAAGUGAACGUCAGCAGGGGUGCCAUCCUCAAGCUCGUGCCGGGCACGAAAGGACGACGGGUCAUCGAAGACCAUUGCCUGGAAAGCUUCUCCAGACCCAAGACCAACGACAAGCAGAGCACCUGGGCUCAACGGGUCGUGUCCUGGCGGCUUGGAGAUAUGCGCAGCUCGGGAUGGUGA